AUGAAAAGAAAACAUGAUCAGUAUAAUAUCAGUUCAAAUGUUGAUAAUGAUGUGCUUCGCCAAUUUGUAAUGGCAUUUGAUCAUGUUAAUAGGGAUCAACAAACAAUUGUGCUACCAUCAGGCGAAUCAACAACGAAAGAACAACUUUUAUUAAAAGUAAUCGAUCUUUAUCCAAGCUAUGCUAAUACUUAUUACCAUUUGGCAUUAAUACUUAAAGCUGAAAAUCGAUCAUCAAUCAUUCUUACAUCAGGUCUAUCUAUGACAGAACAACAAUUAUUCUUAAAAGCAAUCGAGCAUUAUCCAAACAAUUCACAAUAUUAUCAUAACCUUGCAAGAACACUUUCAAUAGGUGAAUCAAUCACACUUAAUAAUGGACAAUCAAUGACAAAACAACAACUAUACUUAAAAUCAAUAGAAUGUGAUCCAACCAAUUCAUAUUCAUAUCAUAACCUUGCAACGACACUUUCAAUAGGUGAAUCAAUCACACUUAAUAAUGGACAAUCAAUGACUGCACAACAAUUAUACUUGAAAUCAAUAGAAUAUGAUCCAACAUAUUAUCGGUCAUAUUAUAACCUUGCAAUUACACUUUCAAAUGGUGAAUCAAUCACACUUAAUAAUGGACAAUCAAUGACAGAACAACAAUUAUACUUGAAAGCAAUAGAAUGUGAUCCAACUGAUUCCGAUUCAUAUUAUAACCUUACAACGACACUUUCAAGAGAUGAAUUAAUCACACUUAAUAAUGGACAAUCAAUGACUGCACAACAAUUAUUCUUGAAAUCAAUAGAAUGCAAUCCAAAUAAAUACGAUUCAUAUUAUAAUCUUGCAAAUUCACUUUCAAGAGGUGAAUCAAUCACACUUAAUAAUGGACAAUCAAUGACACAACAACAAUUAUACUUGAAAGCAAUAGAAUGUGAUCCAACCAAUUCAAAUUCAUAUCAUAACCUUGCAACGACACUUUCAAGUGGUGAAUCAAUCACACUUAAUAUUGGACAAUCAAUGACAAAACAACAAUUAUACUUGAAAGCAAUAGAAUGUGAUCCAACCAAUUCCUGUUCAUAUUAUAAACUUUUAAUUACACUUUCAAGUGGUGAAUCAAUCAUUCUUAAUAACGGACAAUCAAUGACAAAACAACAACUAUUAUUGGAAUCACUAAGAAUAGGUCAUAGACAAAGAAUGGUUUACAAAUUGAUUGGACUAACUUUGUUGAACAACAAACAAACGAUUACACUUCCAAAUGGUGAACAAAUGACGAGAAGACAACUGCUUCAAAAAGCAAGAGAAUAA